UGUGUGCGGCUUCGCUGGGAGAGCGGUGCAAUGAUAAAAGCCGCAUAUGCGGCAGGCUAUACACCUAUCAGGCAGGAAAAUACCCGAGAAACAGCCUCGUCCCGGUUCUCCCCGCAACGCAGCCUUACCCACGACUCAUAGCGGAACCUGAAGUGCCAGUAGUACCAUGUCCAGGCCAACGGGGGGUGGUGUCAACGAUGUCACCCGCUUCCUGUCAUUGGGGGCGGCGCCGCCAGGGUCUCCCACCUCCAACGCCUCGUUCUCCGCUGCCAGCCAGGCCGACUGGGCAGCAAAGAGGCUGGUGUGGGUGCCAUCGGAGAAGCAUGGCUUUGAAUCGGCCAGUAUUCGGGAGGAGCGGGGCGACGAGGUGGAGGUUGAGCUCACAGACAGCCAGCGGAAGUUGACCCUGUCCAGGGAGGAGGUGCAGCGGAUGAACCCUCCUCGCUUCAGUAAAGUGGAGGACAUGGCCGACCUCACCUGCCUCAACGAAGCCUCUGUGCUGCACAACCUGAGAGAAAGAUACUACUCUGGUUUGAUCUACACAUAUUCAGGAUUGUUCUGCGUGGUGGUGAACCCUUACAAGAACCUGCCUGUCUACACAGAGUCCAUAGUGGAGAUGUACCGGGGCAAAAAACGCCACGAGAUGCCCCCGCACAUCUACGCCAUAUCAGAAGCUGCCUAUCGCAGCAUGCUACAAGACAGAGAAGAUCAGGCGAUCCUCUGCACUGGCGAAUCUGGAGCUGGGAAAACUGAGAACACUAAGAAAGUCAUCCAAUAUUUGGCUCACGUUGCCUCCUCCCAUAAGAGUGGCACUCCUGGUAGGAACAAGGAUGCUGCGCAGAUGGAUGGCUCUCGGUCCUUAACAAGAGGCAGCACUAUGGUGAACAGGAGUUUACAAUAUGGCGAGCUGGAGAGGCAGCUGCUGCAGGCCAACCCCAUACUGGAGGCCUUUGGCAACGCAAAGACUGUCAAGAACGACAACUCUUCUAGAUUUGGUAAAUUCAUCCGCAUUAAUUUUGAUGUGGCGGGUUACAUUGUCGGUGCCAACAUCGAGACCUACCUCCUUGAAAAGUCUCGGGCCACUCGUCAGGCCAAAGAUGAAAGGACAUUCCACAUCUUUUACCAGAUGUUGUGCGGAGCUUCAGAUGAAACCAGAGCGGACCUGCUCUUAGGAACAGCUGAUGAGUACCGCUUUCUCAGCGGAGGUUCCAUCCCUGUUCCUGGUCAGAGCGAUUCAGAGAACUUCACCCAGACCAUGGACUCUAUGGCCAUAAUGGGCUUCACCCCAGAAGAGUUACUGUCCAUGCUGAAGGUGAUCUCCUCUGUGCUCCAGUUUGGCAAUAUUACCUUCAUGAAGGAGAAGAACCACGACCAGGCGUCCAUGCCUGAUAACACGGCCGCUCAGAAACUGUGCCAUCUUCUGGGCAUCAACGUGCUAGAGUUCACUCGGGCCAUCCUCACGCCCCGGAUCAAAGUGGGUCGGGAGUACGUGCAGAAGGCCCAGACGAAAGAACAGGCUGACUUUGCUGUGGAGGCCUUGGGGAAGGCCACAUAUGAGCGUUUGUUCAGAUGGCUGGUGCACAGGGUCAACAGAGCUCUGGACCGCAGACAGAGACAAGGGGCCUCCUUCAUAGGGAUCCUUGAUAUUGCUGGAUUUGAGAUCUUCCAGCUAAACUCCUUUGAGCAGCUGUGCAUUAACUACACCAAUGAGAAGCUGCAGCAGCUCUUCAACCACACCAUGUUCAUUCUGGAGCAGGAGGAGUACCAGCGGGAGGGCAUCGAGUGGAACUUCAUCGACUUUGGCCUGGACCUACAGCCCUGCAUCGAUCUCAUUGAGAAACCGGCCCACCCGCCUGGUGUUCUGGCCCUGCUGGAUGAAGAGUGUUGGUUCCCUCGGGCGACAGACCGCUCAUUUGUGGAGAAGGUGUCUGCCGAACAAGGCAGCCAUCCAAAAUUCUUCAGGUCGAAGCAGCCGCGCGGGGAAGCUGACUUCUCUAUCAUUCACUAUGCAGGAAAGGUGAACUAUAAGGCAGAUGAUUGGUUGGUGAAGAACAUGGAUCCUCUGAACGACAACGUGGCGUCUCUGCUCCACCAGUCUUCUGAUCAUUUUGUCUCAGAACUCUGGAAGGAGGAUAUCCAAACUCUUCCCCGUGUGUACUUUUUUGACUCCUAUGCGACAUUACAGGCUAAUGGCUCCGACAUGGACAGGAUUGUGGGUCUGGACCAGGUGUCGUCAGGAGAGAGCAGCGGGCCGGUCACGUUCGGAGCAUCUGGGCUGAAGACCAAGAAGGGAAUGUUUAGGACUGUUGGUCAGCUGUACAAGGAGUCUCUCACCAAGCUUAUGGCCACACUGAGGAACACCAACCCCAACUUCCUCCGCUGUAUCAUCCCCAACCAUGAGAAGAGGGCUGGUAAGCUGUCUCCCAAUUUGGUUUUGGACCAGCUGAGGUGUAAUGGAGUUUUGGAGGGGAUCCGUAUCUGCAGACAAGGCUUCCCGAACCGCAUCCCAUUCCAGGAGUUCAGACAGAGAUAUGAGAUCCUGACUCCUAACGCCAUCCCUCGCACCUUCAUGGAUGGCAAACAGGCAUCAGAACUCAUGAUCAGUGCUUUGGAGCUCGAUCACAACCUGUUCAGAGUUGGUCAGAGUAAAGUCUUCUUCAGAGCUGGAGUCCUCGCUCACCUGGAAGAGGAGAGAGACCUUAAGAUCACUGACACCAUCAUACGCUUCCAGAGCGCCGCCAGAGGCUUCCUAGCACGCAAAGCCUUUUUGAAGAAGCAGCAGCAGCUCAGUGCGAUGAGAGUGAUGCAGAGGAACUGUGCUGCUUACCUCAAACUCAGGAACUGGCAGUGGUGGCGGCUGUUCACUAAGGUGAAGCCCCUGCUGCAGGUGACCCGUCAGGACGACGAGAUCCAGGUAAGGGAAAUUGAGCUCCAGAAGGCGAAGGACAAUCUCACCCGAGUGGAGCUGGACUACACCGAGCUGGACAGGAAACACGCUCAGCUGAUGGAGGAGAAGUCCGUGCUGGCUGACCAGCUGCAGGCGGAGGCGGAGCUGUUUGCAGAGGCGGAGGAGAUGAGAGCCAGGCUGGCCAAUCGGAAACAGGAGCUGGAGGAGGUGCUCGGCGAGCUGGAGAGUCGACUGGAGGAAGAGGAGGAGAGGGGUGUGCAGUUGACCAAUGAGAAGAAGAAGAUGCAGCAGAAUGUACAGGACCUGGAGGAGCAGUUAGAGGAGGAGGAAACUGCCCGACAGCGCCUCCUGCUGGAGAAGGUUACCUUGGAGACCAAAGUGAAAAGUUUCGAAACCGACCUGCUGAAUACAGUGGAGCAGAAAGACCGACUCAGCAAGGAGAAGAAACAGCUUGAGGAGCGUCUGAGUGAGGUCACUGACCAGCUCACUGAGGAAGAGGAGAAAAGCAAAAGCCUGAACAAACUAAAAAACAAACAGGAGGCCGUCAUCGCCGACUUAGAGGAGCGCCUGAAGCGCGAGGAGCAGGGUCGCUUGGAGCAGGACAAGUGGAAGAGGAGGAUGGAGAGCGAGUCAGUGGAGACCCAGGAGCAGCUGUCAGACCUGGGCAUGAUGUCCGCCGAGCUGAAGGGAAGUCUGGCUCAGAAGGAAAAGGAAAUCACCACCUUACAGGGCCGGCUGGAGGAAGAGGGUGCUCGCCGUGCUGAAGCUCAGAGGGCAUUAAGGGAGGCCAUGUCCCAGGUGUCUGAGCUAAAGGAGGAAGUGGAGAAUGAGCGAGGGAUGAGAGAAAGGGCAGAGAAGCAGAGGCGAGACCUGGGGGAGGAGUUGGAGGCUUUGAGAACUGAGCUGGAGGACACUUUGGACACCACAGCUGCCCAGCAGGAGCUAAGGUCCCGUCGAGAGGCAGAGCUAAAUGAGCUCCAGCGAUGUGUUGAAGACGAAACCCGUCGCCAUGAGGCCCAGCUAUCAGAGCUCCGAGUCAAACACAGUGCUGCCAUAGACAACCUCCAGGAACAGCUCGACAACAGCAAGAGAUCACGUCAGUCCCUGGAGAAGGCCAAGGCCACGCUAGAGGAAGAGAGGCUGAAUUUGUCCUCGGAGCUGAAGAGUCUCCAAGCGAGCCGCACAGAGAGCGAGAGAGGUCGUAAGAGGGCUGACGGUCAGCUGCAGGAGCUCGGCGCCCGGCUGGCUCAGGCUGACAGAGAGAGGGAGGAGAAGGAGGAGCGAGUGCACAAACUACAGUGUGAGAUUGAGUCUCUCUCCGGCAGUUUGUCCACUUUUGACACCAAAUCCCUUCGGCUCUCCAAAGAGGUCAGCAGCCUGGAGAGCCAGCUACAUGACGCAAAGGAAUUGCUGCAGGAUGAAAGUCGUCAGAAGAUGGCUCUGGCCUCCAGGGUGCGAGCACUGGAGGAGGAGAAGAACGGACUGAUGGAGAGACUUGAGGAGGAGGAGGAAAGAGCCAAAGAGUUCACCCGGCAGAUCCAGACUCACACGCAGCAGCUGGCAGAGGUUCGUAAGCAGUCGGAAGAGGUGAACACUGCAGUGGAAGUCGGCGAGGAGACACGCAGGAAACUUCAGAGAGAACUGGACAGCGCCGUCCAGAGGGAGCGCCAGAAGGAGGAGGAAAAGGAGAGAGUGGAGAGGCAGAGAGAACGUCUGAGGGAGGAGAUCGAGGACAUGACACUGGCCUUGCAGAGGGAGAGGCAGAACUGCACGGCUCUUGAGAAGAGGCAGAAGAAGUUUGACCAGUGUCUGGCUGAGGAGAAGGCAGUGAGCGCUCGACUGGCAGAGGAGAAGGACAGAGCAGAAGCAGACAACCGAGAGAAGGAGACAAGAUAUCUGGCGCUGUCCCGAGCCCUGCAGGAGGCACAGGACCAGAGGGAAGAGCUAGAGAGGAUCAACAAGCAGCUGCGUGGGGAAAUGGAGCAUCUUGUAAACCAGCAGGACGAUGUCGGCAAGAGUGUCCAUGAGCUGGAGCGUACUCGGAGGUCCCUAGAGACGGAAGCCCAGAACCUGCGAGUUCAGACACAGGAGUUGGAGGAGGAGCUGACGGAGGCGGAGAACUCGAGGCUGAGGCUGGAGGUCACCCUGCAGGCGCUCAAAGCUCAGUUUGAGAGGGAGAUCGGCACCAACGAGGAGAAGGGAGAGGAGAAGAGGAGGGCGCUCAGCAAACAGGUGAAGGAGUUAGAGAUCCAGCUGGAAGAGGAAAGGAGUCAGCGGUCUCAGGCCGUGUCCGCCAAGAAGCAGAUAGAAGCAGAGCUGCAGGAAGCCGAAGCCCAGGGGGAGACAGCCUCCCGUGGCAAAGAGGACGCUGUGAAGCAGCUACGAAGGCUGCAGGGUCAAAUGAAGGAAGUUCUUCGCGAGCUUGAUGAGACCAAGUUGACCCGGGAAGAGGUGAUCAGCCAGUCGAAAGACAGCGAAAAGAAAAUCCAAACCCUGGAGGCAGAAGUCCUGCAACUGACAGAGGAGCUGUCUGUGUCAGAGAGACACAGGAGACAGGCUCAGCAGGAGAGAGACGAGGUGGCUGACGAGAUGAUCAACAGCAGCUCCGGAAAAACUGCGUUGAGUGAGGAGAAGCGGAGGUUAGAGUCUCGGGUCAGUCAGCUGGAAGAGGAGCUGGAGGAGGAGCAGACCAACGCUGAACUGCUGGGGGAGAGACAUAGGAAAACGACUCUACAGGUGGAGACUCUGACCGUGCAGCUGCAAGGAGAGAGGACUUUGGCCCAGAAGGCGGAGGCGGCCAGAGAUCAGCUGGAGAAGCAGAACAAGGAGCUGAAGAUCCGGCUGGGGGACCUGGAGGGAGCAGUGAGGGGCAAACACAGGCUCAGCGUCGCCGCCCUGGAGGCCAAGAUAGAAUCAAUGGAUGAGCAACUGGAACAGGAGAGACAGGAACGAGCCAUUGCCAACAAACUGGUGCGAAAGACGGAGAAGAAACUGAAGGAGGUGAUGAUGCAGGCAGAGGAUGAGCGGAGACAUGCUGACCAGUACAGAGAACAGCUGGACAAGUCGAUGGUCCGACUGAAGCAGCUGAAGAGGCAGCUGGAGGAGGUGGAGGAGGAGAACUCUCGCUCCAAUGCCCAGAAGAGGAAGCUGCAGAGAGAGCUGGAGGAGCUCACCGACAACGGUCAGACCAUGACACGAGAGAUCACCUCCCUUCGCAGCCAGCUCAGCAUGCCUGAAUGGAGACCAGAUAAGCGUGCUCCGUUGCCCCUGGCGAUGAGAGGACGCAGGGCAUUGGUUGAUGACUUCUCGUUGGAGAACUCUGACUCGGAAGAGCCCCCAGCCUCUCCGACUCCCUCCUCUGGACUCCCUGGAACCCCGACCCCUUCCUCUGAGCACAACCUCGACCCUCCACCUCCUUACAGCGUCAACAACACAGAGUGACGCACACGUAGAAUCAGUUAAACGCACGUACACACACACACACACACAAACACAAACACACACACAGUCCGGACUACUCAGGGGUGAAGGAGUGACACACUACAAAACAACACUGUAGUUUAUAAAAGAAACAAGUCAUAUAAGAUGCAUACGUCAGGCGCUUUAACUAUAUAACGGCCUCUGAGUAAUUGAUUUUGCCUCAUUUUUUCUAAACAACAACAGAAAACAUGUAAAAAAUGAGAUGUUACAAAGGGUCAACUGGAAUUCAUUUUUAUUUAGUGACAACUGUGACAUAAGAAGCGACAUCGUUAACACUGGAAAAUUCUACCUGACAUUGCAUUGCAUCUUUGUAACUCACUUCUGAGAAACGAGACUACAUCUCCCAGAGCUCAAAGGGGAAAGUGAAUUAUUACCAGCUGAUAUCAUAAUGCUGUACAGUACUUAGAGAGCAGAAAACAUGGUGGUCUUGUCUUUUACAUUAGGAGGUUUUUCAAAACUAAGCCAUGUUUAAGCCGUUGAUGAGGAUUGAAUAUAAUAUACAAUCUGAUUUCACAAAGGGCUGCUGGAGGUUGAAAAUACUUCUGAAAGGUGUUAAGACAAUCGAUAUUAAUGUUACACAAAAAGAAAGUACAGACAAGGAAGAGAGAUUUUCACUUUCUUUAAGACCGUGUGUUAUGUGCAAACAUUUAUAUGUCAAUUAAUACCUGAAAGUUGGAAUAAUCUGAAAAACGGAGAGAAAAAUACCUGAAGGACAGACGACAAUAUCUGAUCAAACUGGGAAGCUUCACACCAAGUUCAGCAACAUAUUGAUAUCAUUUUCAUAUCAUACAGUUUGACCAUAUAAAACAGUACAUGCAGUCACACCUGCUGCAGUAAAGUUGGAUUAAAUGAUAAAUCCUUUUUCUAUAGAUUAGAAUCGGUACGUUGUUAGACAAUGCAGUAGUAGUAUUAGAUGGUUUCUUUAACUAAAGUCUAAACAUAUUCAUAUUCAGAAAUUUUAAAUUGUAUAAUUUAUAUGAAAUAUGACCUUAAGUUAUUGAUCACAAGUCGUUUCCUGUAUAACUCGUGGGAGAAACAUGUUGUUUUGAUUAUUUCUGCUCCUGCUUGCACCGACGUCAGCCUGGCGUGGGCUACAUGUUACAUGUUGGACAGCUUAGACUUGUUUCGACACCCCAACAACAACAACAACAACAACAACAACAACAACAACUGGACACAACAACACACAACUACUGCUGUAUUCAUUUAUGUUUUAAUCCAAAGCAAAACAAAUUGUGACUAUGGAUCUUUUCUUCUUCUUUUUAGACUGAUAAACUUCACAUUUUAUUUUGACAAGCAUCUUGUACAUUGUAAUUUUUUUUUUACAGAUUAACUGUGUAAAUUAUUGAUCAAACAAAGCUUUUGUGUUUAAACAAAUGUGGGGCGUACGGAUGAGAAAAAGGGACAUAAAGUUGUGGUAAACGUAGAAUAGCUGUAGAGUAGAGUAGACGACGGGAGUAGAGGCUUGUGAGUGGUUCUGCGAUCAUCCAGUGACUCUACUGGAUUAUUGCUUUUGUAGAAUAAACUCACUCUGCUCGCAGCUCUUUGUUGAAGAUUAUAAAGAUAAGUGAGCACGAGACUCAAAGCAUUUUCAGAUACGAGUAGUAUUAGUUAAAAAUGACAAUGGAGGCACUGAGGAAUUCAUGUUGAUGAGGCAAACAGCAAGUAGAGCAAAUAGUAGAUUUUUUUACCCUAGAUAUCAAAACUAAAAAAAAACAACCUCACACUCUUAUAUGUGUGUGUGGGGGGGAUGUGAACCAAACACAUGGGGUUUGAUGACGACCCUGCUCUGAAACUGUGGAUUUAAAGAUUUUUCCCUUUCGGUGAAACAUCUCAAUUUUAUUAUUUGACGGAUGAAGGUCUUCUCUUUUUUUUAAAUUCAUUUUAGUUUUGUGUGAGACCUUCCUCAGUACCUGUUGCCUGUCACAGCUUUAAGGCUGUCCAGGAUCUUGACAGCCUUAAAGCUGUGACUGAAAAAUGUUUUGAAGUAUAUAGUUCAACAUUUUGGUGAGUGAGCUUGUUUGCUUAUUUGCCGAGAGUUAAAUGAGAAGGUCCAUUACCUCUUUACUGUCUAUGCGGUAAAUAUGAAGCCACCCCCACUUAGCUCAGCUUAGCACAAGCCUGGAAAUACCUUGCCUGGCUCUGUCCACAUUUUCUGUAACGCUCACUGAUUAACACUUGCAUGUGUGUUAAAUCAGUUCAAAAUCUGAAUUGUAAAAGUCGAGCGGUCAUUUGCCAGACCCUUUCUUACCCAGGCACAGUAAGCGGAAACUGCUCCAGGUUUUUGUCUGACAGAAUUCCCCCCCGUAAAACUGCUUCUCUCCAAAAAAGCUCAUUCAGGUGUGUUCCCCAAAAUGUCAAACUAUUCCUUUAAUGACCUGAGACGUGCUGCUUAAAUCAGAAAGAAUGUCACAUGCGCUUUUACUCUCAAUUGGAUCUAAAAGACAAAGAUUUCCAUUCUAAACUUACAAUUUAUGUUUCUGGAAUUGUUCUGAAUGUUUUUUUGAAUAGGUUUAUGUUCAUACUUUAUGGCAAAGGGUGAAUGAUCCCGUUGGUGUUUACCGUUGACGACACACAGGACCGCUACAAUAGUUCUCUGUUGUCAGGGUUGUUAUUACUGCCCCUUUUUUUUUUUCUUUUCUUCCUUCUGUUUGAAUUAAUAGGUUUAUAUUGCACUGACAAAACAAGACCACUAAGUGUGAACGUUACUCAACAGACCUGGCAUCCCAUGUGUAUCAUACUUCAGCUUCCUCUUUUUGCCAUAUCAGGGUCACCAUAAUUCGCAGUUAGUGACAAGUGAGGAGAGAUCAGACGAGUUGGGUCAAGAAAGAGUUUGACUUCUGAUGACAUAUAUCUAACGCCCAAUUAAAGGGUUCAUUUUUUACUUUCUGUAUGUACAAUUAUUUUAUUUUAGCAAUUUGCAAAUGAUUUUGUUUUAAAAAUGUUGUGUAAAUGCUGCACUUUACACACUACCAGUGGGGACGAACACAGUCAGACACUGUCAGCACAUCAUGUCUGCUUGGGUUAUAACUUAUUAACAAAGAGGCAAAGCAUUAAGCCAAAUGAGCGUCAUGAUACAAUUUGUUGCCCAGGACUAUUCACUUAAAUGUUAUAAUCUCUUAAAAUAUCAUAUCAUCAUCUCUAUGUCACGCCUUGAUAGACCAAAAUCUGAAGACACGUGAAUUGGACUGCUGGAACGAGAACAGAUCGGUUCUGUUCGCCUGUAGCAAGAGACGAGGCCGGUGCUUCUCUGAGGUGUUAUUUCUCUCUGUGUUUGUUUAUGGCUAAUGUGGAACUUGAGACAUUUUUGGAAACAUGUAUUAUUGUUUUAGCCUUUUUUGUUAAUGAUGCUGUAACUAUAAAACAUCUGACUGGGGUUAACUUUAAUAUAUGUUGUUGGUUUUGA